GUCUCGUCCCUCCAUUCUUUUUGUUGCUCGUUAUCGUCGCUCUCUGUCAGGCUUGAGAAGCGACUGGUUCGCUUUCACACUACCAGUAUUAUUAUUCGAGACGAGACCUCGCUCUCCAGUAGCAUCCUGUUCUGCUUGUCGUCCCUUAAUUUGCGUAUUCAACACAGAAAAUGUGCUGCAGUGGUCCAAAAUGGAAGCGAGAGGUCGUGCCCGACCACAAGUUUGAUUUCGUCGAUACUCGGGAGUUUACAGACAAUGGCUUCGUCAUGCGCGCAAAGUAUCUGUGGCUUUACAUCAUCGUCCUGAAAUCAUUCCUCGUCUACGUCUCCGAUAUUUUUACCGCCGUCACUAUGCUGACCACGUCCAGUUGGUCCAACGAAAUUUUUAACAGUUGCGAAGACAUAGGCUGUGUUACCAUUCCUUUCAACACUGGAAAGUGGCUCUUUGUUGGUUGCAUCAUAUUCUCUUUCCUUCUACUGGGUUACGAGGCCCGUAAGGCCAAAAAGAUUAUCAACAGCCGAGAUAUAUCGUAUGCUUUCACCAACGUCAUGGCCAACAACUACUACUCCCUGCGUUCAUACGAUCACUUCUGUUUUUUCGAUCAUAUCAGCAACUCCACCAAGACGAGCGAUGAUUUUGCCUUCUUUGUCUUCUUUACCUUCAAGAGUUGGAAGCGUGUUCUGCUGGCUGAUGGACCUCGUCAGACCAUUAAUGCACUGACGCUUUAUGCCAUCUAUCUUGCUCAUCUUGACGAAGGUGAAUGGUAUGAUGUGUCAAAAUACUUUACCGGAAACAGUGCAUCGACCUCUAUAUUGACUGUCACGACCUUCUUCACUGUCGUUGUCUUUGCCGGUUCCCUGUUGCUCUUGAUUGUGGCCGGAUUAUGCUACAUUCCUCUGCUCUGCCACAUCCGCGGUAACCUCAAGGAAUACUGCUGUCACAAAGUUGACAAGCGUAUCACCACCGUCAUCAAACGCAGACAGAAGCAGCGUUUGGUAGAGGCAGCUAAGAAUGCUAAGCUAGAAGCUAUGGGCGAUUAUUCUCAUCUCAAGAACAAGAAAGGCGAAGUCGUUGGAGCGCGUUUGCCCCAGCCCACCCUUCCUAAUCUCUCCGUCGACGACGAACUCGACGAUGCUUCUUCCCUUCGUACCCGUGGGCCAGCACCCAGCACCUAUACCCAAGACUACUACUAUUACAAUUCUGACAAGGGUGACUACCCUCCGCCAAUGCCCGCCUUCAAUCCCGCAUCAGCACACCAGAACGGAUCCUUUCUCAAUUACAACCAAUCACAAGGCACGAUCGGUCGUGAUGAUUCACUCUAUAACUACCCACCUCCUCAACAAGGGAUGUACGAUGACGAUAAUGACAGUACAGCCCACCUAACGACCUCUGCUGCGCCAUUUGGUCAGCAGUCCCAGAUUUCCACAGACCACCCUGGAACUGCGCCUCUACCGAAUCCAUAUGGUCCCAUGCCUGGGAAUUAUGAUCCCCACGAUGUGUAUCAAGGGCGCGCCGUUCCAAGUCCAGACAACUCACGGCGGCUCUCCCCCCCUCAACAGUCUGUUGGGCUAUCCUACGAUGAUGCUCAAGACUAUCCGCCACAGGGAAUGCACCAGCAAUACUCCUCACAGCAGAAUGAUCCAUACGGCGUAUAUUACAAUCAGCGGGGGCACUACGUUGAGGACUCUAGGGACCCGGGUGGGGGAACCGGCUAUGCAGUAUAGUAGUAACCUACUUCUAUUUUUCUAGCUACCUUCACCUCAUUUUCCCACCUUGAUUCGUUUGAGUCAGAGCUUGUGUUGCUACAUGUACAACAGUUGGACAACUUAUCGUAUUAUCAGAAUAGAUUUCUAUACGGGAUAACAAAUACAGAUAUCGAUAUAAGAAAGGGUGUUGCGGGUACGU